AUGUCCCUUGUUCGGGAAUUCGGGUAUAACGUCGACCCCUCCGAGAUCUGUUACACGUACAUCACCGUCGUCCCCGAUACCACUCCAUGCACCUCCUAUGUCACCACCACUAUCCCGAACCCGGACAUCACUGCCCCUGCCACGUUCACUGCGAUUCCACCGAGCGGUACAACCCCAGGCACCGUUGUGGUUGAAACACCUGCCGUUGGUACUGUAACCCUCACGACGACAGGGCCCCCGGGAAUCACUGGCACUGUCACGCAGACGAUUCCGGCCAGCGGCACUGUUCCCGGAACGGUCAUCAUAGAGACUCCCCCAAGUCCUCAAGAUCCUGGCACCAUUACGAUUACUACCGGCAAUCCGACUAUUACAGCGCCCACGACAGAGACGAUUCCCGCUACUGGAACCGAGCCCGGAACUGUGAUCGUCCAAACGCCUUUGACCAAUCCUCCCGGCACAGUCACUAUCACGACUGGCAACCCGACUAUCACGGCGCCUGUUACUGUUACUACACCUGCUAGCGGCACAGUUCCUGGUACCGUUGUCAUCCAGACGCCUUUGACCAAUCCUCCCGGCACAGUCACUAUCACGACUGGCAACCCGACCAUCACGGCGCCCGUUACUGUUACUACACCUGCUAGCGGCACAGUGCCUGGCACCGUCGUCAUCCAGACGCCGGAGCUUCGCAUAGUCACCAUUACGACUGGUAACCCGACCAUCACGGGGCCCGUUACGUCGACCGUGCCUGCCAGUGGUACAGUUCCCGGUACCGUCAUCGUCGAGACGCCUGACCCGACUA